UCUUAAGCCGAGUUUGAGGUGGGCUAAAGCUGAAGUGAAUGACUAUUAAAAAUUCGCCUACCAUUUCUGUGUGCAUUACCGUAAAUGCAUGGGGCACUUUACACGAGUGAGCAAAACAAGCUGAACUCCUUCCUGUGGACCAUCAAGAGAGAUCCCCCGUCUUACUUCUUUGGGACAAUCCAUGUCCCAUACACUCGUGUCUGGGAUUUCAUCCCAGAGAACUCCAAGAAGGCCUUCCAGCAGAGCCACAUUGUGUACUUUGAGCUGGACCUCACCGACCCCUACACCAUCUCAGCUCUCACCAGCUGUCAGCUCCUGCCACAGGGGAAGAACCUCCAGGACGUGCUGCCCCGUGACAUCUACCGCCGGCUCAAGCGGCACCUGGAGUACGUCAAGCUCAUGAUGCCAUCCUGGAUGACCCCAGACCAGCGGGGCAAAGGGCUGUAUGCAGACUACCUCUUCAAUGCCAUCGCUGGCAACUGGGAGCGGAAGAGGCCAGUGUGGGUGAUGCUGAUGGUGAACUCUCUGACAGAGGCAGACAUCAAGUCACGAGGCGUGCCUGUCCUGGAUCUGUACCUGGCCCAGGAAGCAGAGCGGCUGAGGAAGCAAACGGGCGCUGUGGAGAAAGUAGAGGAGCAGUGCCACCCACUCAAUGGGCUGAACUUCUCCCAGGUGGUCUUUGCUCUGAAUCAGACUCUCUUGCAGCAGGAGAGCCUCCGAGCAGGCAGUUUCCAGAUCCCCUAUACAACAGAAGACCUUAUCAAGCAUUACAACUGUGGGGACCUCAGCUCCAUCAUCUUCAACCAUGACACUUCUCAAGUCCCAAAUUUCAUUAAUGCUACACUUCCGGUGCAUGAACGUAUUACUGCCCAAGAGAUAGACAGCUACUUCCGUCAGGAGCUCAUCUACAAACGAAAUCAGCGAAUGGGCAGAAGGGUGAAAGAUCUGCUGGAAGAGUACCCAGAUAAGAGUUUCUUCUUUGCAUUUGGAGCUGGUCACUUCAUGGGCAACAACACAGUGAUUGAUGUUUUGAGGAGAGAAGGGUACGAGGUAGAACACACUCCAGCUGGACAAGCCAUCAACAACAGAAAGCACCCCAAAACCUUGUUAGCUUUUUCAUCAUCAGCAGCAGCACAUAGCCCCUAUGUCAUGUCCCAAGAGCUCCCACUGCCGUUGCACUCCCGGAAGGAAGAGGAGGAAGAGCUCCUGCCUCACCUGCUGCUCCCUGACAGCUUUGACAUCCUGGAGAAGGUAGACAGGAAGUACAAAAAGAAGAAGAAGAAGCAGCAGAAGAAACAAAGACUUCGACAAUUUAACGACCUCUGGGUUCGCCUUGAAGAAAGUGCUACCAAGCCUCCUCCCCGGAUCCGGAUCAUUAAUGGCUACCUCACAGUCGAACCCCAGCCCCGGAGCCAUGGACGGUGUAGUCACGCUCAUCCAGACACUGGCAGAGCUCACCGGCUUUCCCGUUCUCUCUUCCUUCUGGUACUGGCUUUGACUUUGCAUACAACAAGGCUGCAUUGAAACACAGGGGGAGCCAAGGUGUAGGGCUCUCGCCUUAAAAAGCAAAAAACAAACUUAUGUGAAAAAAACCCCACAAAAAUAGAAGACUCUGAAUGGCACACCUGUUCUUUGGAGUGUUCUUAAACUGCCUCCUUUUCCUGAAUCUGGAUCAUUAACACUAUUAACUGGUUUGACCUGCCCAAUACAGGAGAAGAUAUUUUAAUGAAAGUGUUAUUUAUCCUUCUCUUGCAGAAGAAUGAUUCCAUGUUAUCCCAUAAUGCUUUGGGGAGAUUAUAAUGUUGCUAUAACAUAGCUGUUGUUUAGCUUUAUGAGCCCAAGUAAAUUACAGUUUUUUCACCUUCAGUGCCUUGUAAGAAGAUUUACACACCACUAACUUGUUUAUUAGAACAGAAAAUUUUGGUCAUAUGAGCACAGCUGGGAAAGAGAGGUGGGUAUUUUAUGUCUCUACUGGUAAUGCUUUUAAUUCUUGCUUGU